AUGGACGGUCCUUAUGUAGCAGGAAGAGGGAGAGCUCGGUAUCAACAAAAUGAACUGACAGUGGAACAAUAUUAUCGAAGGGAAAUCUUUUAUGCUGCAAUAGAUUCUCAGUUAUACGAAAUUAACCGUCGUUUUGCAGAGAGUUCGAUGGAGCUACUUGUUCUUAGUUCUUCUAUGGAUCCUCGUGAAGCGCAUGAAGCUUUAAAUAUCGAUAACAUUUGUAACUUGGUGGACAAAUUUUACCCCGAGGACUUCUCAGAUUAUGAUAAACUGAACUUGAGACUGGAACUGCAACAUUAUGAGCACAGAGUUCUUAAACAUCCGGAGUAUAAAGAUUUAUCAAGCAUUUCACAUGUAUGUCAUUGGUUGGUAAAGACUAGGCAGUCAAUGACCUAUCUGCUUACUUACAGACUGCUCGUGCUUACACUUCCGGUUCCUACAACAACAACAAAAGGAUAA